AUGGUAAUUGCUAACACCUUGGUCAGUAAGGAAGCUUCCAAUGAAGAGGAACAGAAGGAUAAGGAUAUUAAGGAAGUGGAACAAUCUGAAGAAGGGGAGAUCACUGGCUCACAAGAAGAAAAGGAUGACUCUUCCCCUCUCACAAUCAGUUAUGAUUUGCAAGAGGCCCAGAAAUGUGCUAUAUUGGGUCUGAACCUUUCGGAUUCAAAUCAAGCCUCUAAAAUAGUCAAUAGCUCUUCACAUGAUUCCAGAUCACCUAAAUGGGCUAACCAAAUUGCUCGCCCCCAGCCUUUUAUCUCUGAUUCUAAGGAGGAAGGGUCAGAUUCUAGUUUUUCUAUGGGUGAUGAGUCUGAAAGUGAUUCAAAAAGUGAGACAGAGGAGAGUCUGGAUGACUCUGAAGCUGAUCUUGGUAAGAAAAGAAAACAGUCCCCUCGGAAAAAGAAAACUAAAACUUCCAUUCAGAAAAGGAACAAACAGAAAAGGCAAUACAAUUAUGAGUUGGAAUUGGAGGAUAAAGUGCAGAGAAAGGAUCCUGAUGUCGACCAAAAAUUGGAGGAGGAGAUUACAGGGGAAGGUAAAUCUAUGGUUGAAUAUGUUGAUGACUUGGGUAAAAUUGUUGCCAGAGCUAAAGAGAUUAGAGAUGCCUUCAAGCCAAGGUUUGAGAAAGUGGAUAAGGCCCUGGAAGAGAUAAAAACCAAUGACAAUGCUACGGACCAAAGAAUGGCGGAAACUGACAACAAAUUCGACAAAAUUGAAAAAUACCUCAAAAGCAUUGCUGAACAAAGCCAUAGCAUUCUGAAGGCCUCAACUGACAACACCAAAAUUCUUCUCAGCAAGAUGGAGAACGAGAAGGAUUCCCUGGAGCUGGAACCUGACAUGGAAGGUAAUAAUAAACACACCGCCUAG